AUGGCGAACAAGAUCAUAUACGUAGACUUAAAGAUUUUACCAAAGGCGAGAGAGUCUCCAACUUCACAUUCAGGAGACAGGAACACGUAUGCAGUCCUGCAAAGGCCUCAGAACUUGGAUAGCCCAUCAGAGACUUCCCCCUCUGGCCCUGGCUUUCAGUGUUCAGGCUGGCUCUAUGUUACUCUAGUCCUGGGAAUUAUUGCACUGAGUCUGCUGCAUGCAUUGAUCUUCUUGUCUAUGCAGGGUUUCAGCUGUCCUGAUAAUGCCCAAAAUUCAUCCAAAGAACUCCAUGUAAAUGCUUCAAUGAUGCUGGCCAAAUUAAAAGAAAACCUAUGUGGAAAGGAAGGGAGCAGGAAAGCAGAACAUGCCCCAUGUGAGUACUGCCCAUUCAGAUGGGUUCUGCAUGAGAGGAAAUGCUACUACUUCUCUGAGGAGAAGAAAACCUGGAGUGAUAGUGAGAAGUUCUGCAGCUCCCAGACAUCUAGCCUGGCUGUGAUCGACAGCGAGGAGGAGAAGAACUUUAUAACAACCAUGCUGACGAAAGCACGUGGCUACAGCUGGCUUGGACUAACUAAGGAGAACAAUAGAUGGAUGUGGGUGACUGGAGAUGUAUUACUGCCAAAAAUGUUUCAUAUGAAAGAGGUCAGCAGCAGCAACUCCACCUGUGCAGUUUUCCAUGUGACUGGUAUUCAGGCUGAGAAGUGCUUCAAUCCCAACAAAUGGGUCUGUGAGAAAAACACCAUGGAAUUCCCAAUCCUAUUUGAACGCCUGCAGGACUGA